UUCGUUUCUGCGAAUAUUUUAAAAGUAUAUAACUAAAAUAAGUUGUGCUAAAAUAUAAAAUGUAAUUUUAUUUAAAAUGUGCAAAUUAAAAAAAUGUAAAUACAUAGCCGUUUUAAAGGAAUAUUAAAUUCGCCAAUUGUAAAUAUUUUUGUGCUUCUAAAGUUGGAUAUAAUGAUAACAACCAUGACGUCAUUCAUAUUAUUAAAGACUAAUUCUUUUUUGUUGAGGAUGAACAGAGAAGAUAAUGUAAACUGGUUUCAUGGGAAAAUAUCGCGAGAAAAUGCGGAGAUACUAUUAAAAGAAGAAGGUGAAGAUGGUGUUUUCUUAGUUCGCGAAAGUAAUACAUCGCCUGGAGACUACGUUCUUUCUGUUUUACAUCAGGGAGAAGUAGUCCACUAUCAAAUACGGAGACAUGGAGAAGAUGCCUUUUUCUCCAUAGAAGAACACACUACUGUUCAUGGACUAGAUACAUUAAUCCAGCAUUAUCGUGGAGACUCUAAUGGCCUGGUUACUCGCUUGUCUGUUGUCUGCAAAGGGCAACCUCCACCACAUGAAUCUCGAACACAAGGAACUACAAAUUUAUUACAUCGGGCGACGGAGGCAGGUGAACUCAACAUAGUGUCCCAACUGUUAGCGUCCGGAUACCGCAGCCGCGACGCCAAGAACCAAGAUGGGCAGACUGCCGUGCACAUCGCGGCGCGCUCCGGACGUGACGACAUACUCGCUAAACUAAUCGAAAGUGGCGCCACUGUCAACGUGCGGGACUCGUUCGGAUUCACGCCUUUGCAUUACACAUGUCAGAACAACCUGCCGAGUACAACAGAGCUGCUGAUCACAAAGGGCAAUGCUAACUACCAGAUGCGGCACGCGCCCACCGGCAAGGUCCCACUACACGAUGCCGCGCAAAAAGGACAUAUCGAAUGUGUAAAGGUCCUUUUAAAACUAAAUGCGCCUUCCCGUCCUAGAACAAUAGCACAGGAAACGCCAGCAGAUCUCGCCAAACAUUAUGGACAUAUGGAGUGUUACCAGUUGCUAAAAAACCACACUCCGGAUCCUCCUAAAACUAGUAAAAGUGAGUGGUACCACGGCACGCUGAGCCGCGAGGAGGCGGUGCGCGCGCUUGAGGCGUUCUGCCGGCAGGCGGGGGCGGCGGGGGCGGGGGCGCGGGCGGCGCACGGCGCCUUCCUCGUGCGCUACAGCGAGCGGCACGCCGGCGCGUACGUCCUCACCGUGCUCAGCGAAGACGCACCUUACAACUUUAUUAUUAGGAAAGAGGGUCAAUGGCUGUACAUAGACGACGGGCCGUACCUGGAGUCGCUGGAGCGGCUGGUGGAGCACUACAGCCGCGUGCCCGACGGCCUGCCCGCGCGCCUGCUCACGCCAGUGCCGCCCAAACCUAAGCCCCCGCUGCCAGAGUUCUCAACAAUGCCACGUACAAAGAAAUCACCAACACGAGCAGCGAUGAAUCAAACAUUAUCACUAGUGAAGCGGGACAUCUUGGGAGAUACUCAGCCCUCGCCGGUCUCCAAUAACAAUGCCUUCGAUCUGCUCACGAGGAACCUCUCCUUCUGUUCUGACUUCAGCAAUGAUUCAAUCAACAACAACGAUGAUUUACAAGACAAUGAGACGUACAAAGUGCCAGUUAAUAAUAGUAUUGUAGCAUCUCUAGUUGAGAAUUAUAAUGAAAUAUCAGUCAAUUCCGAUGGCCAGCUAUCCACACUGCAAGAUUUCAUCCCCAUGAGCGAUCUAACACUGGGCGCGACGCUAGGCGAGGGGGAGUUCGGGUCAGUAGUGCGCGCUACGUACAGCCCGGCGGGCGGCGGCGCGCAGCCCGUGGCCGUGAAGACGCUGCACGCGGUGCACGCCGCCAACAACAGGCGGGAGUUCCUCGCUGAGGCGCGCCUCAUGAUGUCCCUGCGACAUAAAUGUAUCGUCCGGCUUAUUGGAGUCUCAUUGGGUCCGCCGCUGGCGAUGGUGCAGGAGCUGGUGCCGCUGGGGUCGCUGCUGCAGCAGCUGGUGCGGGGGCCGGCGGGCGCGGCGGGCGGCGAGCUGCGGCUGUGGGCGUGCCAGGUGGCGGCCGGCAUGCGCUACCUGGAGCGCCGCCGCUUCGUGCACAGGGACCUCGCCGCCAGGAACAUACUGCUUGCCAACAGACAUCAAGCAAAGAUCAGCGACUUCGGUCUGUCGCGCGCGCUGUCCGCGGACAGCUCGUACUACCGCGCGAGCCGCGGCGGCAAGUGGCCCAUCAAGUGGUACGCGCCCGAGGCCUACAACUACGGCACCUUCAGCCACGCCAGCGACGUCUGGAGCUACGGCGUCACGCUCUGGGAGAUGUUCUCCUACGGCAAGCAGCCCUACGGCGACAUGCGAGGCAUCGAAGCGAUACAAGUGGUUGAAAGUGGCCAGCGGUUGGAAAGGCCGGAAGAUUGCCCUGACGAGAUCUACCAGGUGAUGCUGGACUGCUGGGCGUACAGCCCCGACCUGCGGCCCAGCUUCAGCAAGCUGGUGGACGUGUUCUCACACCAUCCUGACUACGUCAACAUCAGCCAGCUGGCGCUAGACAGCGACGACAUGUGAGUGCCUG